GUUGGUAGGCAGACACUGUUCGGGACCACCCUCAACACCAGACAUGAAGGUCGCAGCUGCACUAGCUAGCACUCUCCUGCUCGUCUCCAUAGCGACGAGAGCGCUAGCGGAUGGAGAGUGUAAUCCAGGCGACACGAAGAAGGAUGACUGCAACUCGUGCAUCUGUGCCAAGGGCGGUGUCUGGGCGUGCACAGAGAUGGCCUGCCCCAAGGUACAGGACGCAUGUACUCCGGGCGAAAGGAAGAAGAUUGACUGCAACUGGUGUACUUGUGUAAAAGGUGCCGGCUGGGCAUGCACCAAGAUAGCUUGUCCCACAGUUAAGGAAGUCCAAAUGAAAUGUGAGCCUGGCACUACUUUCAAAGAAGACUGCAACAUCUGCGUCUGUGGUUCGGACGGCAGCACAGCAGCCUGCACGCUUAAAGAGUGCUCCGGUCGCAGGCGUCGUGAGGUGUCCUGCAAGCCGAAUUCAACGUUCAAGGACGACUGCAACAUUUGUAAAUGCAGCGCAGAUGGCAAGAAUGCUGCGUGCACGUUCAUGUUGUGUCCGAAGCCAUAGGUAUUCUACUUUGAUUUUAACGGCUCCAUGAGGCAGUCUAGUAGACUGUGAAGAGGACUUUGACAGGAACAAGAGUUACUACCAUUCACCUCGCAACCACUGCAACGCAUGAAUGCUGCCUGCACAAAGUAUAUGAAAGGAAUUGUACUAUGUUCCAGACUUAAAAUAUCUUAUUCUCGAAUUUGUGAAAAAUAAAUAUAUGUUGCAACAAUA